CCAAAUCCUAAUGUGAUGAAAUGAAAAAUUUAACGUUAUUUUCGAAAUGAAUGUUAAAAAUGGCAGUCCAAAUUGUAAUACAAAAUCAACGCCUCCGACAAAAGAAAGGGUUCGAAAUCCCUUUGAUAAAGUUUUAAUUGAAAGGUUACACAAACCAAUAUGCAGUCCGGGCAUGUGCAAAAUUUACAAAAAGCAAAAAAAUGGUACGUUUCGAUGGGAUAUAGACCAAGCGUGUACACUGUUGCCAGCUGAUAUCGUUGCGUGCAGUAGCCAGUUUGAACCUUCGCCUGAUCCUGUGUUGGAGAAAAUUGCAGAGGAAGCAAACGAAAAAUUUUUUUCACAAGAAAUGGUUGUACCGAGUCCACUAGAAGUAUCCAAAAAGAUUAAACCACUUCUAUCAUCAUCUACUGAAAGUAGUAGUAGCUUAAUUAUUACCAGUUUAGUAAGUGAAAAAACUGUUGAAGUAAGGGAUUUUUCAGCCCAGACUGUGUUAUCUCUUCCACCAGAGCUUCCGCCUGAAAUUGAAACCAUUUUACAACAAUACUGCACUUUUACACAGGAGCAGAACAUAUCUGGUGAUUAUGAAAUCACUGCAAACGGCUCUCUGAGGCGGCAGUUAGUUUUCGAGGAGCACAGUGACAUGGAGCACGAUGACUCCGAGCAGACGGAUGACGAGAUCCACAUAGAACAACGUCCUCCAUCUAGAUUUGAGGCUCACACACCUGUCGCAUUUAGUCCUGACUUGAAUUGUGGUGUAGUGACAAAAGGUAUGAAACGGACAUUCGGCACGCCUCUACACAAAGGGCGACGCGCCGGGAAUCCGUGCUACCGCAACAAGAUCCUCGAUGUGGUGGACUUUGGCGAGCCUUGCUUCAGCCCUAUAGAGUUUCGGACGCCGAAGCGCAACCAAACGUCUGCUACUUCGUCGUCCUUGACGUCUGCGUCGAUUUCUCCUGUUGCCAAGACUGUUUCUAGUGAUGAAGAGAAAAACAAUUUUACGUCACCAGAGUCCGAAGCUAUGGCGACAUGUCUCGAUUGCGCAGUUUCUUCAUCGGCCACCAAAGCGGAAGCCGCUUGCUUCUGUAACAUCGCUCCAAGUAAAUCCAUCGUCAAGCGGAGCGCUUCGCUCAAAGACUCGCCUCAUAGAAGCAGAAAAGGCUCGUUAUCGGAAAAACGCAGUCUAAGCAUGUCGAGCUUGAACAGAAGUCGCUCGGUUCAGAAAUUGGACUUCAGUAUGGAUAUGAGCAUUGAUGGCUCCCAACACAAUGUCUCUCAAGCGGAUUCAGAAAGCUCGCCCAAAGCUAAACAAGUGGCUUGGUCUAUAGAAGAAGUAGUGAAAACUAAAUCGGAAAUAGCGCAAUCACAUAAAAUACAGUCUUCCACUCAAAACUUUAGUGUUAAUACUUUACUAGAUGAAACACCCAUAAAGGGUAAACACAAAAAAAAUGUAUUAUCACAUGAGAUUAGUAAAAUUCGAGCUCCUAUGGGAUCGAGCCCUGGGCAUAUGUCUUUAGAUAGCAGCUUAGAUAAUUUAGACAUGCCUCUAGUUAUGGAAGAAAAGAAAAUAGACUUUAACAACAUUGAUCUCAAACUUUUGACUGAAAACGUUUCCCAAUUUGAAUACAAUUCUAAUGCAACGCGCGCGGGAGAGAGUUCUACGAGUUUCAAACGAGUCGAUAGCGGCUUUAAUGAGAACACAUUCUACGCUUCUAGUUAUUACGAAAGUGCCAUAAAACCCUCAGAGUUGACUGUAACGAAUUCGAAGAUUAAAACGACGGCUUUGAAGGAAAUAUCUAAUAUUAAUUGGAUGAGAGUCGAUAGCGGUUUCAAGGAUGAGACUUCAGAUAGUAUGCAAUUUUACUGUAACGACAGCUCCACCAAGAGAGAGUUCCGGUUUUCUCAAGCUAAACUACCGGAUAAGGAGAAUAUUGAGGAAUUUGAAAACUUCCUGAUCCAAACGCCGAGUAACAACGAAGCAAUAUCGAUGUCCGACAUAUUUACUGAUGACAUGACGUUCAAUUGCAAUUUUUCGUCAACACCAUCCAAAAAUAAGUCGCGCAAAGUUAAUAAUUAGUUUAAUUAAUCUUAGAGGUUAAUACAUAUUUUUAGGAAAUUAUGAUUUUUCGACGCAUUUAUUAGCUUUAGGUAUUGUCAGUGGGUGUGUACGCAAUUUAUUCUACUAAAUAAGUCUGGUGCGUAACAUUUUCCAUCGGGAACUUACCUAUAUUCUAAUAUUUGAAGGGUUCUCUUACAUCACUGUUUGUAAUCUUCAUCCCAUAUAUUCCGGGAGAAGUUGUCUAUGCCCGUCUCUCUGUAACCAUCUCUGCUCCAGUCAAGAUCGGUUGGUUGAAUCAGCCGUGCAAAAGCCGUUAAAUAGAAUAAACUCGCAACUAUACUGUGUUCGCUCUUGAUUAGUGUCGUGUAGGAAUGAGAUGUGCGGAACCACUGGUCGUACAAUUUUCAAAUGCCAUUACAUUUGCGGUACGUACACGUCUCAGUCACAUUUGUGUACAAAUAAAUUAUGCCUAACUCGAAGGGUUGAAUAUGGAUGUAAUAUUAUGUAAAAGUUGUUAGACCUCUUAUUAGGUGGUCAGACGAUAUCAAACGAGUCGCAAGAAGCCGCUGGAUUCAAGCGGCGCAAGAUUGACAUGUGGAAGUCCUGACAAAAAACCUACGUCCAACAGAGGACGUCCAUUCGUUAAAGAUGAUGGUGAUGCAGAAAUCCCGAUGGAAAACGUUUUUCCUUUUCAUGUGUGCAUGAAAAGGAAAAACUACUAAAAGGCUACGUACAAUUAUUUUUGAGAUUGUUAUAAAUUCCACCAUUAACAUUGACAAAAAUACUAAAAUAUAUCUAACUAGAUAAUGCCCACGACUUCGUCUGAUUUGAAUUUUCAAAAAUCUCGUGAGAACUCUUUAAUUUUCUGGGAUAAAGAGUGAAACUUCCGUCAAAAUCGGUUCUACUAAUGGGCCGUGAAAAGAUCCCACAUAGAUAGACAUACUUUCGCAUUUAAUUAUGGUAUGGAUUAUUAUUUACUCCUCUCUCUUCAAGAACUAUUAUUGUAAUUGUAUGUUAUGGCUGAUUCUAUUGUACACAAUCUAUAAAUGAAACUAAAUGAACAAGUUUUAAUCUUUUAUCCUUUUCCGUAGGUAGUGUUAUGAAAGGAAUAACAAUAGAUUUACACCUGUCAUAUUCGAUAAGUUUAGAACUAAUUCUAAAAUGAUAGUUUUAAAUGUAUUGUAAAAUGUAUUGCUAUCCUUUUCAUAAGGAAAAAAAGGAAGGAGGAAAAGGAUGGCAUUAUUUAGAUGUGUGAAUUUUGUUUAGAGAUUUGUAUAGAACAGACACUAUCUAUAUCUUUAUUUUAUUAUUUUUGGCAUUAUAAAGUACACUUCACUGUUUGUAUGAUAAGUAAAUUUUGAUUUGAAUCUACUUUUGUAGAUUUAUAUUUAAUGACGUUAAAUAGUUUAAUAAUAGUAACGUGACUUAACAAUAAUGCAUGAAAUUAUUUUUUGAGAUAUGUGUGUUUACUUAAUAGAUGUUUAAUCAAAUAAAAUAUUAAGACUGAACCUCUUA